GACGGUUCACGACUGGCCGUGUAUUUUAGUAGUUCUUGUGUGAUGCUGGUAACCGGAAACGCAUUGUAACCUCUUUUCGCUAGACACCACGUCCUUUCGUGAGUCUCGCCUCACAGAUUUCUCUCCGAAACAUAGGAUUUGCUAGAUUGUGAGUCGGCUGGGAUAUUUCCUGAAUGACGUAGGUUCUGCUCCUUAGGUUUCUCGCUUCCUUGGGCGCUAAGUUUGCUUGCUGCCCAACACCCGAAUCUCGUCUGAUUAAUUCGUCAUUGGCGAAGAUGAAUUCGUCACAGGCGGGUUACUUCGCGAAGCAGGGGCUGAGCAUGCUGUACAACGCCACUGUAACGAGCGUGAGUGCGAUUGCAACGGGGAUAAACAAGGCCUACCAGACGUACACUGACUACUACGAGCGCGACCAGAUCGAAGCUCUUAAGAAGUCCGGCAAGCGACCAGCCGACAACCUUUACCUAGUCCUGCAGCGCUUCCAGUACCUCAGCAUGGCCGGCUACAACAACGAGGUUGCCGCUGCCGCCCAGAAGGCAGCUGCCAAGCUGACGGCUGGUGAGAAGAGCUCAGUGGCGCACGAGACACUUCUACUUCUCACCAGGGUGCUGACAGGAGUGGCGCAGCGGUACGGCGAGCAGUCAGGGCAGGGGUGGGGGCUGCAGGACUUCCUCAACUCGUCUCGCAUGGGCAAGGACCACUUCGACCGUGACCAGCUCGUCAUCGACUUCUACUUCGCCAUUCUCUUCGUCCAGGACGUGUGUGGGGGACCGGGCCCGCAGUUUGAGCAGGCGAUUCGCGAGGCGACAGGACGGCUGGUGGAAGGAGACAAGUUUGUGGGCGAGGGAGGGGGGUUUUCCGGUGGUGGUGCAUCCUCCUCCAUCCCCUCAUAUGCUGCCGUGCCGUCAGCCAGUGCCCUGCCUGCUGACCAGGACCCCAAGAAGAAGGCAAUGAAGGUGGUGCAGGUGCUGUCUCAGGCCGUCCGCAAGGCAGCAGAGGACGCAGACGGGCGCAAGCAGCGCUCGCUCAAAGACGCAGAGGAGAUGCUUCGAAGGGAGAACGAAAAGGCAGCCGCAGCUGCCGGUAUUGGUGGGUAUGGUGGUGCGGCCGUGCCUGCUGCCAAGCCUCUCAGCAGCUUUGGCGGCGGAGCCUCGGCAGCGGCGCCAGUGGGUGGUUAUGGCUCAUCUGCUGGUUUGGCCGCCAAGCCUAGUAGUGUGUCGAAUUGGGGCGGGGGGAGCGGGGCAGCAGCAGCGGCACCUAGCCCGUGGGGGGGGUGGGGGGGAGCGACAGGUGGCAGCACGACGGGAGGGAGCUCUGGCUGGGGCACUGGCAGCGGUGGCAGCUUGAUAUAGUAAUUGCGGAGCACAGAGGCACAUAUGGUGUUAAUUUGAGGUGGUGUCGGGGCAUGCGUAGCAGGCUCUGCAGUGGUGCAUGACAGGAGGAGUUGAUUUGAUAUGAGUGACAGGGGAGCAGAGCAAACAAGGACACCAGGGCAGGGGGGCAGGCAGGGGGAGGCGUGGGAGCAACACAGGAGGUAGCUCUGGCUGGGGCACUGGCAGCGGGGGCAGCUUGAUAUGACUGAGAGGGGAACACAGAUGGUGACAGCAACACAGAUGGUGUUGUUUAUGUAAGGUGGUAUGUUAGCACAGUCAACAGGCACUCUGCAGUGGUGCACAACAGGAGGGGGUCUGGAUGGGGCACUGGCAGUGUUGGCAGCUUGAUAUGAUUGUGCUUCUGUCCCACAUGGUGCUGAUACAUACGUCUUGCUGUAGCAGCAGGCUUUGUUGAUAUGGCUCGGUGUUUUUGUGGCUCGGCGUUUAUGUGGCUCGGCGUUUACGUGGCUCGGCGUUUACGUGGCUCGGCGUUUACGUGGCUCAAUGUGUCACUGUACCGGCACCUCUGGAGAUGGCUGUACUGUGUGACGGGCUCUGUUUAUAUGGCUCAGCGGGUUGCCACCACCAACCAUAGUACCGGUACCUCUGGCUGCUGGAUAUGGUGAUCCUGUUGAGUGUGGGAGUGUGGGUAAUGUUACAGAAUUCUUAUUGCCUUCAUAUAAGAUGACAUACACUCUACAACCAGCAGACCCUCAAGGUGUUUAUCCAUUUCAAA